CGGUCACCAAAAGAGGAUGGGCGACGACAGGUGCCUAGUAAACAUUAACAAAAAAGCUUAUGACUGGUGCAAAGAAUGUCUUGGUGGAACCUGGUCUACUUUGAGUGAAGACGAAUUUCAGAUUGUUCCACUCAGUGGUGGACUGACCAAUUAUCUGUAUAUUUGUUCUCUUCCAAAUGAAAUUCCAGUAUUGAGGCCAGAUGAACCACGUAAAGUACUACUACGAGUAUAUGGACACAUUGCGAAGACAAGUGCUGGCUUUGUUGUGAGAAACUCUGUAAUAUUUGCUAUUCUUUCAGAAAAGUGUCUUGGCCCCAAAUUGUUUGGUGCCUUCCCAGAUGGAAGGCUUGAAGAAUACAUUCCUGCUCGUUGUCUUUCAAGAACUGAUCUUCUGAAUCCAGUAAUAUUUAAAGGUAUUGCAACAAAAUUGGGGUAUUUUCACACUUUGGAAAUGCCUUUAUGUAAGCGACCCAAAUGGUUACAUGAUGUCAUGUACCGAUGGUUAAGUGAAGUAAAAGAGGCCUUUCUCUGUAAUGGUUUGUGGAAACAUGAAGAAUUGCGGAAGUUUCUACCAAAGAAUCUUGAGAAGGAAAUGCAUGACUUAAUGGACAGCCUUGAAAAAGUGAACUCACCUGUAGUGUUUUGUCACAAUGAUUUACAAGAAGGAAAUGUAUUAAUUCUCGACUCCUGUACUGAUCCACUAAAGAAGCUAACAGUCAUUGAUUGGGAGUAUUGUGCUUACAAUUAUAGGGGAUUUGAUCUUGGCAAUCACUUCUUGGAAUGGUGUUAUGAUUACAAUGUGGAUGAACCUCCUUAUUUUGCAUUUUAUGAAGAAGGUUACCCGUCUAAAAAACAACAGUAUGAAUUUUUUGAAGCCUACUUAUCAGCGUAUUCAAAAAAUGAAAUCACUGAUCAAGACUUGAAAACCCUUUUAAUUGAAGCUAAUUCCUUCGCUCUAGCUUCCCACUUUAUGUGGGGACUGUGGUCACUAGUACAGUCAAGGACUUCAGAGAUCAACUUUGGAUAUUUGGAAUAUGCCCAAAGCCGUUUUGACCAAUAUAGAAGAAUGAAACAGCUACUGCCAACACUUUUGGAAGAAUAAGUAUCAAGAUCUCUUUCCAUCACCGGUCAAGCAUCUGGAGAAAUCUUGUAGGACAUUACUGUUGGUCAACUAAAAUGGCCUUAGAAGAUGUAAUGCAAAAGAUUCUGUGUGAUUCAGUUGAACAUCAUCUAUUUCGGAUUGAUAUACAGUAAACUGAAUUUUUAACUAAAACAUAUGGGAAUUUUUUUUGGACACCUAUUUAGAAUAUUUUAAAAUGCUUUUAAAUGUUUCAGGGCAAAAUAUUUUUUAUUAUUCCCUUUUAACUUACUAAAUAUUGCUACAAAAAAAAAAAUGUAUUAAUCCAUAGAAUUUCUGUGCUUUUUUUUACUCAUCCUUGGUUUUUAACAUCCUUCUGAAUAGCUGUUUUAUUAAGUUAUGUCCAAUAUUUUCAUCCUGCUUUGUAUCUCUACGUUGACUUUUGUGCUCCAGUGCCCGAGAGCUCUUUAUACGCACACACUAAUUGUUCCCUUCAUAAAGGAAUUUACUCUUCUGUGGCCCAUCGUUGCAUACAUCUGUUGAGUAACUUGACUUCUUGUGUUGCUUUAAGAUUAUUGCUGGAUAUUCCCUUCAAAAUUUAGCCUUAGGUUUGAUUUCUUGAAUGUUAUGCCAUCGAUCAGUGCUUGUCAUUUCUGUUGAGCAUAGCGUGUCGCGUUUGGUGGUCAGACAGUAAACCUCUUCACACUUUACAUAUAAAAGUUUUAGUGAUUUCCUGACGUUAAAGUAAAGCAGGGGCAUGUGAAGAUUAUCCA